GUUGUGCAGCAACUAGGAUUGCAUGGAGCCAGGUACGUGUGCGACAAGCACGGUGGGGGCAGGAUGCGCUGCAAUACAAAUAAGCUUGCUGCCGUUCCUGGAGCUCUCGUUCGUUACCGACCCAAUUCAAUUGAGCUCUCACGAAGCUGGUCGCAACAAUGGCACGUUACUUGAAGUUUGCUGCUGCGUUCGCCGCUACAGGCGCCGUUGCCAUGACUCCAAAGCAAUUGAUUAGCAACCCUCGACGCAGUGCGGCUGAUCCCAGUCCUGAUGGAUCGGUAGCAUUGCUCUCCGUGUCGGAGUAUUCCUUCGAGGAGGGAUCGGGGUCUUCGAGCAUGCAGCUCAUUGACCUCAAGACCGGCGAGUUCAAGGACGCUGGCUUGAACGUGAGCGAGAUCAACGAAAUCCAUUGGCUGCCUGGCUCCGAGACGGGUAUCAUCUACAUCAAUGGCACCAACGAGGAGACGCCUGGUGGUGUCACCAUCUGGAUUGGCGACAUCAAUGACCCAUCCGCAAGCAAACUGGCUGCUUCGCUCGACGCGCCAUACAACGGAUUGAAGGUCGCCGCCACUGCUUCUGGAGACCUUCAUUUCAUGGUCAAUGCGAAAGCCUACCCGAACGGCACCGCAAUCAAUCCCGAAACCGUAGUGGCCCCCAAGCAUAGUGGCCGUCUUUACUCGGAUAUCUACGUUCGUCACUGGGAUACCUGGCUAGACAACAACCGCUGGAACGUCUUCGCAGGAGCGCUGUCUGCGAACAGCAGCUACGCCCUAGCUGCUGGAGGCAUGCGUAACCUUAACGUCGGAGUCAACUGGACCACCACCAGGUCUGAGACCCCCGUGCAGCCGUUCGGCGAUUCUGGCGACUACGCUAUUAGCCCUGACGGCACAAAGUAUGCCUUCCUCAGCAAGGCCCCGCAGCUAAACAAGGCCAACUUCACCGCUAGCUACAUCUAUGUUGGUGCGCUCAGCAGCCCCGAGCUUCCUUAUGCUAUCAAUGGUCCCGGUUCUGAGGCCUCCGAAGCUGGACAUCAGGGCGCGUCUGGACUGCCGUCUUUCUCCCCUGACAGCUGCAAGCUCGCAUACGUGCAGCAGGAUGAGGACUAUUACGAGUCGGAUAGGUGGCAGCUGUACACGGUCGACAUCAGCGCCGAUGCUACCACCAGCAACCUCACCCCCCUCACUGCUGGCUGGGACCGCUGGGUUCAAGGACCGCUGACCUGGUCUGACGAUGGCGAGUCCAUUUAUGUUACUGCAGAAGACCGGGCACGUGUAAAGAUUUACGAGGUUCCCUUGUCCGCUGAUGCGACUUUCCAGCCAGCCAACCUGACGGGCAACACAUCUGUCUCUGCCUUCUCCCUUCUCGCUGAUGGCUCGAUCCUCGUAACAGCUUCUGCAAUCUGGACGCCUACCGAGUACUACAUCCUUGCCAACGGUACCAAGAACUCGCUCUUCUCUGCUAAUCUUGUCGAUGAGAACCUCGCUGGUCUCGGCCCGCACACCGUCUCGGAGAUCUUCUUCAAUGCCUCAGACCCCAACUACCACGAUCUGAUCCAAGCUUACGUUGUUAAGCCCACCAACUUCGUUGAGAACAAGACAUACCCUCUGGCCUUCUUGGUACACGGAGGUCCACAAGGCUCAUGGGCCAACUCAUGGUCGAACCGCUGGAACCCCCAGGUCUGGGCUGAUCAGGGCUACGUCGUCGUUGCUCCCAACCCAACCGGUUCAACUGGCUUUGGUCAGUACCUCACCAACGCCAUCCAGGGCAACUGGGGCAGCUACCCAUACUACGAUCUUGUGAAUGCGUGGACCUAUGUUGACGAGAACCUAUCGUUCGUCACCACCGACGACGGUAUCUGUGCCGGCGCGUCCUACGGUGGAUACAUGACGAACUGGAUCCAGUCCAAUGACCUCGGCGACAAGUUCAGGGCCCUUGUCACGCACGACGGUAUCUCCAACACCGAAGCUGCAUGGACAUCCGAGGAACUGUGGUUCAUCCGCCACGACUACAACGGCACGAUCUGGGAGUCGGACGCGUACAAGGAGUGGAACCCAAUGAACCAUAUUGCCAACUGGAGCACGCCGCACUUCGUCAUCCACAAUUCGCUCGACUACCGUCUCCCCGAGAGCGACGGAAUUGGUCUAUUCAAUAUCCUCCAGGGUCUCGGCGUACCCAGCCGUUUCCUCUCGUUCCCUGAUGAGAACCAUUGGGUCCUAAACAGAGAGAACAGUUUGUUCUGGCACCAGGAGAUCUUCAACUGGAUCAACCAUUACUCCAAGGGUACGCCGUUGGAUAGUGAGGCGUGGGGCAACUGAGCACCGCGAUCCCGUUGUAUGAUACGGUGCAGGCGAGGGCUGAUGCAAGGUGUUGGCACUCCGUAAAUGUCGCAUGACGUUCAGUGUCACCAAUGUAGAAAGCUGCAUGUCGAUGGCACGCCUGACAUUUAAUGAUAAUGAAACCAUCUCAGAUGA